UAAACCGCCCACAAAUCAUUUUUGGAAGCUCCGACCCCAACUCCGCGACGCUCGAUAUUGCAGCACCACCAACACCUGCCGUCACCCACAAACCGACAAAAUGGCCAACCCCCGCAUUGAAGAGCUCCCCGACGAGCCCGAGAAGAAGAACGUCCAGAUCGAGGAGGAUGAGUCGAGUGACGAGUCUGAGGGCGAAGAGGGCGAGGUCAACGUGCCCGCGGGCUCUUCCGUCGCUGUCCACUCCCGCAACGAGAAGAAGGCUCGCAAGGCCAUUGCUAAGCUCGGCCUGAAGCACAUCGAUGGCAUCACACGCGUCACUCUCCGCCGACCGAAGAACAUUCUGUUUGUUAUCAACCAGCCGGAUGUCUACAAGUCGCCCUCAAGCAACACCUGGAUCAUCUUCGGUGAGGCCAAGAUCGAGGACUUGAACUCCCAGGCCCAGGCCUCGGCCGCCCAGCAGCUCGCUCAGGCCGAGUCCGCGUCCCACGACCACGCCGGUCACGACCACGGCGACGAAUCCGGCAAGGGCAAGGGCAAGGCUGUCGAGGACAAGAAGGACGAGGAGGAGGAAGAGGAGGACGACGAUGAGGAGAUCGACGACUCUGGUCUUGAGGCCAAGGACAUCGAGCUCGUCAUGCAACAGGCCAGCGUCUCGCGGAAGAAGGCCGUCAAGGCCCUCAAGGAGAACGACAACGACAUCGUAAACUCCAUCAUGGCGCUGAGCAUAUAGACCACUCGAGUCUAGGUGUCUGGGUGUGAAAGGUGGAUGACGACUUGAAACGCACGGCGGAGUUGAAAGACUUCUGCCUGCUCAUGUAAAAGAAUCGAUCAACAUGAAUCUUUACGAAUCAUCGGGGGCCGUCCGGUCCAUUCGAAAGCUUUCGUGCCCA